GGUGUAGCAGCGGAACUGAUGAAGAAAGUCUAAGGUUCCUUCCGGACUGUGUUUUGUGGAGGACAGGAGUUCGAAAAACAGGAAGAGGAACAGCAGCCACUAUGGCGGAGACGCACAGCUUGCAGGACCUGCGGCAAGCAGCCGUCGCCUCCAAGGUUUUUGUUCAGAGAGACUACACCUCUGGAACCAUCUGCAAGUUCCAGACCAAGUUCCCAGCAGAGCUGGAGAGCAGGAUUGACAAGCAGCAGUUUGAGGAGACCGUACAGACCCUGAAUAAUCUCUAUGCAGAGGCGGAAAAGUUGGGUGGCAGGUCAUAUCUGGAGGGCUGUCUGGCCUGUCUCACUGCAUACACAAUCUUCCUCUGCAUGGAGACCCACUAUGAGAAGAUGCUGAAAAAGAUUGCCAAGUACAUCCAGGAGCAGAAUGAGAAGAUCUACGCUCCUCUUGGGCUUCUCCUGACUGACCCCAUAGAGAGGGGCCUCAGGGUUGUGGAGAUCACUAUUUUUGAGGAUAGAAGUAUUGGUUCAAGAUAAAACACACCAAAGGAUCAUGUUUGGAAUGUGAUUAUUGGCCUGCUGGACUCAGAACCUGCUUCUCUAUCUCAUGAUAUCACAACCCUAUUGCUUUAAAUGUAGAUAGCAUACCUUUAAUUUCAGACCAUUGAUCCAUUAAUGUUUUUUUGUUUUUUUUGGACAGAGGGAGAGAGUGGUUAUAAUAUGUAUCUUAAUGAAACUCUCCAAACCAGCUUUCCCUCAUCUAACAGCUUUCCAAUGUCUUACUUAAACUGAGUUGUUUUAAAUCUAUGUUGUGCCAUGUAAUUUUAUAUUGCAGCUCCAGUGCGUUCCGUUCUCUUGUUUUCUGUAUAUACUUGUCUUGAAUGGGAAGUAUAGAUUAAGUGCACAAUGUUCUGUCAUAAUACAGUUGCAUAUUGAUUAUUCAAAUCUUUUGUGACUCUGUUCACAUAGUAAAAAUUAGUUUUUGAGAAAUCUGCUCCAAUAUGUGCUUGUUAGAAUGGUCAUUAAAUUCAUGAAGAAGCUUCAGUUUUGUGUAAGUGGAAAUUUGAGACUGAUAGUUACAGUUUGUUAUAUUUAAUGAUUUUAUGUCAUCAGUUUAGUUACUUCAAGUCACUGUUCUAUUCCAUUCCCCUCUUGCAAAAACAGUUUGUGUUUUCUUCCAUGCUGUUUUAACACUACAUUUGACUAUAUUUACCAUUGAACUACUGUACUUUAAUUGGGGUCUGCAAUAUAAUCCUUAUUACACACAUAUGCCAUAAAUCCUUAAAAGGCAUGGUUUGCAUAUAAUAUUGCAUCUCCAGCUUGUAUUUCAGACUGCUGUCAGUUCGACCUGUUUCUUGCGUAAAUCUUUUUAUCAGUGUUGUAUCAUAAUGUCUUUUUUGAAAAUCUUUUGACACUUAUUUAAACUAUGUAUCGUACAAUAAAUAGUGUUUUCUUGAACAAAUUGA